GCCGAGUCGUACUUACGGAGGCGAUUUCAGGGGUCUCCAUUCUUUCCUGGAAGCUCUGGAAGAAGGUUCAUUCAUCGAUCCCAAGCUUGUGACACAUUCCCCUGGAGCGAGCCUGUAUGUGGAACAGGCUAUCGGUAGGGAGCGACUAUGGGACGCUUUUGAAGAACUGUACAACGCGGUUCAUGGUGGUUGGCGUAUUUCUCUCGAGGCAAGGGCAAAGAUGGGGUCAUGCGAACGUGCUGAUUCUUGACUUUCAUCACAACGUGUAUCAGCUUUUUGAUCCUCAUGGAUUUGGGAAGGACGGGUAUACCGCUAUUGAGAGAGUAGUGAACAACGCUUCGUUGCGGCUUGAUGGUCGCUGGAAAAUGUCUUUACAGCGAUCGCUUGUCACACCUGGUCGCAGACAUCGGGCAGGUCCGCAAAGUCUGCAAGCGCGAUUCCGUCUGGAGGAAGGCUACUGUGUGGUCUGGACGUUUCUAUGGGUGCAUUUGGUGCUUGCCAACCCUCACACGGGUAGGAAUGAGUUGAUGGACUAUUUGAUGGAUCGCAACCCGGAGGAGAUGUUGAACAUCAUCGAGCGUUACAUGACGUUUGUAUUGCAGACGGUGAAACCGCGCAAGAAUAUCUACCUCACCGCUGACAACUUUUUGUAUAGUGCGGAUGGGCGUCUAGAUGAUGGCGACAAAUACUUUGGCGGACAUUGGAUGUACUCCUGGCCACAUGAAGCCAUAGGAGCAAUCAAUCGGCGUUUCGACCGACGUCGUCGGAGCCCUGCAUUGCAGGAUGUCGACGACAACUAUCGGAUCAUUGCGUCUUGAAAUGAAUCAGUGGUUCCUUCUCCUUCUCCGACGCCUGUCGCACGACGACUAGGCAGUUGAACUGCAGGUCCUUUCCGGAGACGAGAUUCCUCUUGACCGACUGAUGACGGUGAUCCGGGUCGCCCGGGUCGGUGGAAGACUGAACAGAGUGGGGCACAACAUGGUCGAGUUCCUUUCUUCUUCUUUCAUCUAAGUAGUUUCGUGUGUUAAGAUUGCUAUAUAUAGGCGUAGCGACCGCCUCGGCGAAUCCAAGUACGUGACGUCUGAGCGUCUGAUAGCGAUGAGAGCGCCGUUAGCUCAAACCCUGCUGCGAGGGCCACCCAUAAUCAAUU